AUGCGCGAGAUCGUGACUGUUCAACUGGGACAGAGGAGUAAUUAUCUCGCCACCCAUUUCUGGAACACGCAGGAAUCCUACUUCACAUACUCCGAGAAUCAGGAGUCGGUCGUUGACCAUGACGUCCAUUUCCGGCCCGGCCUCGGGCCUGAUGGGUCAGAGACCUUUACUCCUCGAACGGUCAUUUACGAUCUGAAAGGAGGCUUUGGGACUAUGCGUAGAUUCAACGCGCUGUAUGACACCCAACAGGACUCAGAGCAACCUGUGCGAGGACUCUGGGAUGGGAUAACCUCGACACAACAGGAGCCCGCCAUUGAACCUGCGGAUUACCAGAGGAGGCUUGACCUCGGCCUUCCAACGUCGCAGCUUCAUGACUCUGAUGUGCGAUACUGGUCCGACUUCAAUAGAGUCUUUUAUCAUCCUAAGUCCAUUGUUCAGUUGAAUGAAUUUGAAUUGAACUCACAGCUGAUGCCGUUCGAGGACUGGCAUGCUGGAGGGGAACUCUUUGAAAACCUCACACGGGAAUUUGAUCUGCUUGAUCGCGACAUCCGACCCUUUUCCGAAGAAUGCGACCACAUGCAAGGCUUUCAAAUCUUCACGGGGGCCGACGAUGCCUGGGGAGGGUUCGCGGCCAAAUAUAUCGAACACCUGCGAGAUGAGUACGGCAAGACUAGUAUUUGGACUUGGGGCAUUGAGGAUGGUUCCAGAGUCGCCAGGCAAAAGCAGUUGGCACGGGCCUGCAACACUGCCAGAUCGCUAAGCACAAUCGGUCAGCAAGCAUCUGUAUACGUGCGGCUCGCGGCUCCUCCUCCUCCUUGGUCGCUACCAGGCUAUGUCAAUCUUCGUUCCCGCUCUGAUUGGAUGACCACUGCACUCCUCUGCGCCGGCCUUGAGUCCAGCACCCUUCCGACACGGCUUACUGCAAAUGCACGCAAACGAGGGUCAUUGACGUUGUUCGAGGAUGCCUUGAACACCAACGGGCGCCAGAAUCUAUUCGAGUUGCAGGCGAGUGUGACCAAUGCAGUGGGCAAUGUCCAUGAGGACGGCCAUGGUGCGCCCGCCAGGGAAAUUAACGGGAGAAAUCCAUCUGGGGAAAAGAAUUCCGCACAAUCGCAGCCAGAGCCUUCGCGCUUUGAUAUAAGUUAUCUCCCCAGUUCAAGCCCGCAGCCUGCAUCAAAGUCCUUCCACGUGUUUGCCCAAGUUGAAUGCGAGCGUGAUCACUUGGAGUCUGAACCCCGGCCAUUGAGCCUUGGCCUCGAGGAAAGGCUACGCAGGAGGAUCAACGAAGAGAGUGUUGUUGAGGUUUAUCAAACCAGGGUCCAGUUCCCGUUGCUGGAAACUUUUCCAGAUGGACUCUUCGAGACCAGUCAACAGACCCGGGGUGGGCUGGGUAUCUCGGCCGGCCUUGUGUGCGAUUCGAGGAUGAAAGACGAAAUCCUGGCUCUCAGGAACUCAACAUUUCGAUACCUCCGAUUGGACGAGCGCGAGAACCUGUACAAUGAGCUUACCCAGAUGUCGGAAAACUAUAGUUUCGGUUGGGAAAGCGGGUCGGAUACUGGCCAGGACGAAUGA